AUGAAUAACGAGAACGAAAACAUCGUGGCCGAGGCCUUGCGGCUACUUACCGCCCUAGAGGGCAGCGUAAAGGAGGUGGCCGCAAGCCUCGAUGCGAAGAUGAAACCGGAGGUGGCCGCCGUGAAGGUGGACAUCUUGGCGUCCCUGUGGCGGGACGGGAACGCCGCGCUGAUGCGCGUCGAAAGUGUCACCGGCCCCCAUCCGCGCAGGGGCCCCUUCACGGAGGCUUAUGCGGCAGCCAUGGCGGCUGCAACCAAGCGCCGUGAGGGAGCCGUCUCCAAACCGUCCAUUUUGGACACCACGAUGGCGGGGCAGCCAUCGCGAGCAGACCACCUGCCUCGCAUAGAACUGCCCAAGUUCGAGGGCUCGCCCUCCGAAUGGCCCGCGUUCUCGAGUCGAUUCGAGAAGCGCGUGGCCGGACUUACGGAGGACUCCGAUAAAUUCGCCUUUUUGAUAAAAUGCCUCGAGCGGUGCGACAUCGCGAGGCACAGUUGUGAGGCAUUCGAAAACGCCGGAAUGCCGUUCGCCCAAGCUUGGGCCAAGCUGGAGGAGAGAUUUUAUAAGAAGCGGGUGGCAUUUAUGGGCCACAUCCGCAAAAUCCUCGAACUGCCCAGGAUGAGCUCUCCGUCGGCGAACGCGUUGAUGCGCGUCAUCGACGUAGUGGAGACGGCCGUGGCCUCAGCCCGCCAGAUCGCCGAGGCUGGCGAUUCCACCUCCGUGGUGGAAGACGGGCUGAUUGUCGCGCUCGUAAUGGACAAGCUAGACGCUGAAACCAUUGCGAGCGUGACACGGCGUGCGGACCAGCAGCUCAUCCCUACGUGGGUUGAGCUGCGUCGCGAGCUGGAUGGGCUGGCUAAUAAAAUUUAUUAUCAGCCCAAGCGGAAGGAAGAUGCGGAUCGAGCGCGUGGAGCGAACCAGCGAGCAGCACGGACGGUGCUAGCUGCAACCGUCACCCCGAAGCCCGCUGCCAUCGCCUCCAGGCCUGCGCGGAAGGCGCCGGCGACCCAGCCAGCCGCUGCCGCCAUCGUUCCCGCCAGCACCAGUACGAAGGGUGGUAAUGCCCCCCCUUCGGGCUCCAAUUCAUCGAAUGAUCCUGCUGCCGAUUCUUGCCAAUCAAGUCGUGCCUUGGUUGACAUUUCACCAACGGAAGACAUCCCGCUACUGGACAACUACGUGCUGCUCGCUACUGUCGCGAUACUCAUCCAGGACAACAUGGGGAUGUGGCAACGGAUCCGAUGCGUGCUCGACUCCGGCAGCCAAAUCGAGGCAAUCACCAAGAAUGCGGUCAAGCGUCUUGGAUUAGCGAUGCACCCUGCACGAUUGACGCUGAGUGGCGUGGGGAGCAAAAUCCCAGUAACCCAACAAAUACGAGCGAAGAUUACGUCGAUUGACGGCAGCUGCUCUGAGGAUGUCGGAUUCUUCGUGAUUCCCGGUCUCAGUGAUCAACCGGCUCGUGCCAUCAGACAAGACGAAUUGGACCUGCCAGAGGCCAAGUUCCUAGCAGAUGCGGAAUUCUACCAUCCUGGAACAAUCGACGCUAUCUUAGGUGCCAGAAUAUGCUUCGACGCACUCAAGACAGGGCUGCGUCGCCUCCCAAAUGGCUUGACCCUCCAGAAUUCUAAAUUCGGAUGGCUCGUGGGAGGAAUGCUACGUGACACGACUUCAGCCGAUCUAUACGAACACAGUUGUCUAGCUACGUGCGUCGAUGACCUAAAGGAGAUCCUCGAACGAUUCUGGAGAAUCGAAGAACUCCCAAAUGAUGCCGCCGACUCCACGGUUUGGAAGUCUCACGAACUAGAGACGCACUUUAAGGAGCAUACCACCAUCGCUGACGAUGGACGAUACAUCGUACAAAUUCCCUUACGGGGGGAGCUAAACCAGCUGGGAGAUUCAAUGGGGCAAGCAAGACGCCGCUUGCUAGCCCUAGAAAGACGUCUCGCCAGCCAUGAGCCCACCUACGCAGAAUAUCGAAAGUUCAUGCGAGAGUACCAAGAGCUGGGCCACAUGUGCCCAGUAUCAACGGAGGAGCUCCCCAAAGUACGCUACGUGAUUCCCCACUCUUGCGUGGUCAAGCCAGACUCGACUACCACAAAACUACGCGUUGUGUUCGACGCCAGCGCGAAAUCAACGACGGGAAUCUCGCUGAACGACCUCCAAGCCGUAGGACCCGUGAUCCAGCCUGACUUGUUCCGAAUCUGGCUAGAUUUCCGUACUCAAACCGUGGUGGCGACUGCCGACAUCGUGAAGAUGUACCGUCAAGUGUGGGUAUCCGAGCCCGACACUUGGAUGCAGUGCAUUCUGUGGCGCGACAAGCCAAAGGACACGAUGCAACUAUUCAGACUCCUCACUGUUACGUACGGUGAGGCUGCUUCGUCUUAUUUGGCCUGCAGGGCGUUGUUCGAAGCCGGGGAAGAAGUGCGGACUUCCGAUCCCCAGACAGCUGACGCCAUCCAAUCAUCGUUCUACGUGGACAACCUUUCGUUGGGCGCAUCGACUCCCGAGCAGCUACGUGAGCUUAUGACCAGCGUCGAGCGAGCACUCAACAUACGCGGGAUGCCAUUGCGAAAGUGGGCAUCUAACUCACCAGAGAUCACCAGUAAAAUCCCGGUGGAACACCGCGAUACAACUGUACAGAUUGGUGAGAAGCAGGCCAUCAAGUUGCUCGGCCUGGCUUGGUGCCCUACAGAGGAUACGUUCCAGCUCGUAGUCCAGGAUGAGUUCUACGAGCCUUUGGGUUCAUUGGAGAAACGACGUUUAGCAUCCAAAGUUGGCAAGCUGUAUGAUCCUAUCGGGAUCCUCCAACCAGUGAUAGUCACCGGAAAGAUUCUGCUACAAGACCUCUGGCGAGAUGGCUUCGGAUGGGAUGAAGCCGCAUCACCUCGCAUGAUCGAAAGCUGGAACGGAUUCGCCAGCCACCUGCCGCUUCUCAGACAGCUCCCAAUCCCAAGGAUGGCGCUGCCCAGCGAACCUCAGGGCGCGAUCAUGUACGGCUUCAGCGACGCAUCUACGAAGGCCUUUGGAUGCGCCAUUUACCUUCGCUUUCUGGACGGUGAAGGAAACCCGCAAUCUCGGUUGCUGUGCUCCAGGUCGCGAUUGGCACCCAUCGAAGAGGUGACUUUGCCGCGACUCGAACUGCAAGGAGCUCUGCUCCUAGCUCGCCUUUAUGCCAAAAUAAAGGACGCCUUCGGCACCCGGAUAAGCCAAACUCGUUGGUGGACUGACUCUCAGGUGGUACUGGCUUGGAUACGUUCCGACAACACCAAGUGGGGAGUCUACGUUAAGAACCGGGUGGAGAAAAUUCACGCUGCCACGAAUCGUCUGGAUUGGAGCUACGUGCCGACGAAACUCAACCCAGCAGACCUUGUGUCCAGAGGACUUCCUGCCAACAAGCUUAUAAACAGCGAGACUGCGAGUUUUUGGCUGAACGGACCGAGUUUCAUAGUCAAUGAUGAAAGGCCAGUUAUGCCUCAACUAAACUACGUGACUGCGUUGGAGGAAGCUGUCGACGCUCCUCUAUUGUUGACGGCCAUGGUGGGGAACGAUUGUGAUGACUUGUUAUCCCAGUAUAAGCACCACAACUCGUUCAUCAUGACAAGACGACAUUUCGCGUGGCUCGGUAGAGCAAUCUUUAACUUACGCGCACCCUCAUCCUCCGUGGAGAAAAAAUCAGGACCCCUUCAGCUCGACGAAUUGGAGUACGGACUCCAACUGAUAGUACGGGUGAUGCAAGCUACGUGCUUUCCCAAUGAGGUCAAGGAGAUGCAAGACUCCGGGUCAGUUACGCCCAAGGGUUCGAUGCAGCACCUCGACCCAAUAGUAAGGGAUAAGAUCAUCUGCGUACGGGGACGACUAGGAAACUCGGAUCUGGCUGACGAAGCCAAGGUUCCUUUCCUAGUACCAAAGUCGCAUCCCUUCUCCCGCGUAAUCAUCCGCCAUUUGCACGAGCACAAUUUCCAUGCGGGAACUGAGCUGAUCAUGGCCGAAUUCCGUGCGAGAUUCUGGAUGCGAGACCUGCGAAGAACAGUCGUCGGGGUAACCUCGAGAUGCGUAAUUUGUGCCCGAGCGCGCCCAAGACAAUACGCCCAGCAGAUGGGACAGCUGCCGUCGGCUCGCGUCAACGUGUCUCCCGCCUUCACCCACACCGGCGUGGACCUGUGUGGCCCCUUCGAAAUCGUUUCAAAUGCUCGAUCAGGCAAGCGUAGAACGGUCUACGUUUGUAUCUUCGUGUGUUUCACUACAAAGGCCACGCACUUGGAGGUAGUGGAAGAUCAGUCGACAUCGGCGUUCAUCUCAGCUCUAUUACGAUUCGUGUCCCUACGUGGAAGACCUGACACGAUCUACUCCGACAACGGCCGCAACUUCGUGGGAGCUGCCAGAGAAUUGACCCUGCUUCGCAAGACUCACAACAACCGGGAAUUCCAGGACGAAGUGGUGAGCUUGGCAGCGGACAGCGGAAUUCGUUUCUCGUUUAUCCCUCCCAGGAGCCCAAACUUCGGAGGGCUUUGGGAGGCCAACAUCAAGGUGGCAAAACGAUUGUUCAAGGCCGCCGCAAAGGGAGCCCAGCUGAACUUGGUAGAGCUACAGACGUUACUCUACCAAAUUUCGGCCAUUCUCAACUCCAGGCCGCUCACCGCAAUCCACUCCAGUCCGGAAUCGGUAGAGGCACUUACCCCUGCGCACUUCCUCAUCGGACGAGCAUCAUUCACCACUCCUGCCCCGCUUGGAGACGAUGACACGGUCGGUGUCAAAACUCGCUGGAAGCGAGUCCAGAAACUCGCUCAGCAAUUCUGGUCCCGUUGGCGAACUGAGUACCUUGCUCAGUUGCGUUGUAGUGCGAAGUGGACGAAACGCACUACAAACUUGCAGACGGGCCAGAUCGUGCUAGUCGGUGAUGACAACCUACCCGUUGGACGAUGGCCCAUGGGCCUGGUCGUCAAAACCUACGUGGGACCCGACGGCAUCGUACGUGUCGCUGACAUACGAACAAGCAGCGGCAUCUACAAGCGCAACGUGAGGCUGUUGGCACCCCUCCCAGUUGAGGCCGCUGAAACGGAAGUAUCCAAGGAGCAUUCGGGCGCACCUGACUCUUCCGUAUCCGACGCAGCGCCAAACGAACAACUUGAGGGAUCAGCAGCGCAGUGUCCUCCUGACUCGACUCCUGGCUACGUGCCGCCGACGACCCCUGAGCAUGAGGACGACCCACCACCUACGUGCGGAAUUUGGGACGGUCGCCUGCGUCCCAAAGGGGGGAGGAAUGGUUGUGGGAAAUAA